ACUACCGGAUGGGGGGAUGGCAGAUAUAUACUGCCAUACUAACUCUGUCCGUACCCUGAGUACGGCAUGGUAUAUAGUAUUUGGAUGGGAUUUUAUGCUGGUUCUCAUGACCUUUGUUGCAAGUCGAUGUUUCCAUGCUUAUAUUCAGUAGCUGAGGGGGCAUUAGCGAUGUAUGAUAAGGAAACCUAUCCUAGUCCUUACAUACUAAGGGUUAUCACAGAUUACAGAGAGAGUUGGGUUCUUUCUGGCGGAGUAAACAUGCACCAUCACUCGUGAGAAAGAGUGGGGUAUUAUACGAGCGGUAUGUUUUACGGGAAGUUACCAUUCGAUACGAUAUGAUACGAUACAGCACGGUGACUUACCGUAAACACACCAGGGUGCCGUUAACCGAUCGUCAUGAAAAAGCUCCGAGCUCAAGCCUGAUUUCAUGGCCGAGGGUGACUACUCGUAUGUUAAACUCAUAGGAUGGAGAAUCAGAUUACCAGAUAUCAGGAUUUCAAACGCCACAAGUGCCGUCUCCCGGUAUUCUGUACAGUACUCGUGUCUCCGAGCCAAGAAUGGGCACCUCUUUUGGAAUAGCCUCCCCAGAUCCAUUUAUGGUAAAGUCUUGGUGCUGCUUUCAAAAGAAGUUAAGACACCACCAAGCAGUGUAAAUAGAUACUGUGAAUUCACCAAUCUCCCCUCCCCCCUCCCUCCCAGUAGUGAACUGCCCUAUUAGGCAUUGAACCUGUUACCACCUCUACCGGCUUGGACUUGUGGAGAGCAAUAAUGGUACCAGAUGUAGCCAUGGUAAGGCUCUUUCCCUUCGUUAUAGCACUGUUUAUAGUAUCAAUUUCUGAAUUUGGUGCAAUUGAGUGAAAGCACUUACAUUGGAUGAGAACCGGUCUUGUUUAUGAAAUUUUGAGAACUUUCAUGGUAGUUUUAUCGUACAUUGAUAUUACCCUGUCCAGUUACUGGCAUCUUGCAUCACUCUCACUGUCUUUCAAAUAGCAUGAACACUUUACUACUUUUGGGAGCAUAUGGCCUAUUCCCAAUCAGGUGCCCAUUCUUGGCUCGGAGACACGAGUACCUUCCUAGUGUAAUUUACCGUACUUUUCGAACACUAUGAGAAAUACUAUGAUACCGGCACCUAACAUAUGAGGUAGUCAACAGAUACUUAGUAGAUAGAUACAGGUGCACUCUCGAGCGAGGCUCGGUCGACAAUGCUAUUUUGUAUGGUUCAAAACGAUGAAACUUUCGAGUGGCCAAUGCCCACCAUUUUAUUCCCACUAGGUGAGUGGAUUCGUAAGCACGGGUAUGAGGCAAACAAAUAUCACUCUCCUAUCGUGAAGAUUUCGGAGCACCCUCUCUCUACCCGUCCACCCACCGCCACCAACACGGGCGUUCUCUGGGACCAGUUAGUGAGCCACCAGGUCAUUCCCUACUUCCCGGUUACAGGAACCAACUCCAAAUAUGAGGUUCUACAAGUGCUUCACGUGCUCCUGCUGCAGAGGGUCUGGUGAGAGCGAUUGCGUAGGCGCGAACUCCUCCGUGCCAACAGAAACAGCACCACCAACACCACCAACAGCGUCCCGCUGUUUAAUCCUGGGCCUCAGCGGAGCCGGAAAGUCCACGUUUUUGUGCAGGAUAAAGACAGGGAAGUUUCAAGAGACGCAGUCUACGGAAGACUAUGACGGUAUGGUACCAACCUGACCCAACCCAACCCCCACUGCCGGUGCCGGCACUACUCCCAGACCGCACUGUAACAGCGGAUUGACAAGACACAAUAAAACCAACAGUCCAAGAGAUUCCCCUCUCCAACCAAAUCAUAAACUUCACAGAGAUAGCCAGCAGCGACCGCCGCAACUUCCGCCUUCAAUUCUUGCACUUGAAACCGCUAUCCUCCAUUGCUUUGCUCUUCUUCAUAGACUCCAGCAGGGGAGAUCCAGAAGCCAUGAAAUCUUUGGAGGAGCUGGCUUAUGCAAUAAUGUACGCUAGGAGCAGAGAAUGCCGCAUACGCUAUUUGGGGAUCGUCCUCAACAAGCAGGAUUUACUGCUCGGUGGUGAUGAUCAGCGGAGGGAGCGACUGCAGGUUAUCAAGGGGAUGGUGUGCGAGACUAUGAAGCAGCUACUCUCUCGACAGCAAGAGAAACAGGACGCGCAGGAGCUGGUGGUGCCGUUGCGCUGGGAGGUGUUUGGAGAUGGGGUGAGUAUGAAGACUGGCGCUGGGGUCGAGCGGAUAUUGAAGGGUGUUGGAGCUGGGAUAAGGAUAGAGGAGGAGGGAGAGCAGGGAGAGGUAGGGAGGAAACCGACUAGGGACAAAGCUGCACAAUAAAAUUACAUGGUUCUUUUU